ACUACUAGGGUUGCCCAAGAUUUUGGAUUUGACAGCUCUGACUACCUUGCUAAUCCUAAACACUUGCUGGUGUGAUGUACAGCAUUAGCUUGCCACAAAAUCAGAUUCAUGACUGUUCAAGUCAAAAGUACUCCAAGGCCAUAAAUGUAUUUCUCACUGCUCCGUUACAUCCCAUGUCGCGCUGCCCCAGAAUUCUGUUUCCAGCUGUUAGCACAGCUUUGAGGUUCCCAAGGCCCCCACAGUGCCCUGGCUCAGGACACCCUCCCAGAGCAAUACUCCCCCAGGCCUGACUGCCUGCCUGCCUGGAACUCUUGGCAACCAAGCAGCCAUGGGAGGAUCAGGAUGACCGGGCGGCUGAGAUAAGGACCACAUGAAGUUCCCCACAUUACCUCACCCGAUAAGGAAACGAGCAGAGAUUCACGGAAAGCCAGAGUGAGAGAGGGAUAGAGACAGAGACGGUCAGACUUGGGAGGAUGUCUCUGGGUGGAUGGUGAUUCGCAGAGAAGCAGCCCUUGUUUAAGGGUCUGGGUGGAACUGGUGUCCCACAGAAGUCUCAUGAACUCUCCAGAGGAGCUUGGAGCUGCCCGCAGCGGGAAAUCAUCUCAUUAAUAACUUCAUGAGAUCAGAUGAGCAUUUCUGCUGUUCUUCACUUAACUAGUCACAUCUCAUAUCCAGAUUUGACUUCAAAAAUGUGCUCACACUAGAUGAAGGGAUGACCUCAGAUUCUGUUUUCUUUUGGGUCCAGCAAAGUACCUAGGAAAAGAAAGUAUCUCUCAUAGCAAUCUCCAGCACUGGAAAAUAAAGCUUCAUCCGUCCAAUGAAAACACACUGAAUGUAAUUUAAUUUCUCGAGACUUGAAGGGAAUCUACUGCAGCACUUUGGCAGCACUCAUGGCAGCGAAUCCUCUGGAAGGUCUCAUGUUGGUUGCAGAAAACCACCGGCUGGUUUCUGGUUGUGCAGCCGAGCCGCAGAGCCGGCAGCCUCUUUCGUCCCAGAGCCCAGCCUCCCCGCAUGGACACAAGCUGAGCGUACGCAGCAGUCGGGAGUCCAAGAAGUGGCAGGUACAAUCAGUGUGCGGGUCCAGGUCAAACCCCGGUUCUGGUUGUGGGUCCGCGGUCCUGAACAGGGCGCUGAGGGCUCAGCACUCCCCGGAAAACGCAGCCCGAGAGAGGAGCAGAGUACGCAACCUGCGGCAGGCCUUUCACACUCUGCAGGCAGCUCUACCUUCAGUCCCACCUGACACCAAGCUCUCAAAGUUGGAUGUUCUGGUUCUGGCUACUAACUACAUAGCUCACCUGACAGAGACCCUAGACCAAGGAGGGAUGCUAACGGAGCACACGGCCUCAAGGCCGGGUGGAUACCUGCAUCCUGUUAAGAAAUGGCCCAUGCGUUCUUUGCUCUACUGUGGGAGUGUGGGAGAGCUGCUGUCAGCCAGUCAGAUGACUCCACCUGGACAGGACAGGACACACCCACUGAGCCCUACCUUAGAAGGAGACGAUGAGUGAAAGCCUGUUUUAUGCUGUUUUAUAUCUUUAAUCGUAACCAGCUAUUGGUAGCAAAGGAGACAUCAAAAGACACUCAUGUGCAGAGAUGGGCAAAUUUCAAAGGAUGUGGUGCACCGCUGCUGACGUGGGCUUAAAGACGAGCAAGGCAGACAUUUUUAUGUUACAUAUAAACAAUGAUGUUUUUGUCAAAUUACUUUUUUUAAUCUAAAUGCGGAAGUUAAAUGAACUUUAAUGAACCUGCAGCUAAGUUUUUACUUUCUGGUGUUGGAUUUCUUUCUUUUAAAUUAAAUGUGGUCAUGUGUCUUAAACAGAAAAUAAAAUGUGUUUGUGGAAAAAAAAUCAUAUUCUCCCUGCAAGGAAGAGUCACCCGUUUGCUUUUUUUUUUUCUUUUUAAAAAAA